AUGUCCACCGUCGCCGACAACUUCACUACGGUCGUCCACCAUAAGCCCUACGCGACUAUCCUCCCUUCCCGCGCGCAGCUGUCGCAGAAAGGCAAGGUCGUUCUCGUGACUGGAAGCUCCGGUGGUAUUGGUUUUGCCAUUGCACGCGCCUUUAGCAAGGCAAGUACCGCAAAGGUUAUCCUGACCGGUCGUCACCAAGGUCCCCUCGAUACUACUAUCGAUACCCUGAAGGACCUUCCCGGUCACUAUGCCGUGUGGGCCGCAUCGGACGAGGCGAAAUUUCUGCAUAGACGCUUCACUUGGGCAGCAUGGGAUGUUAAUAAGAUAUCUUCGGGCAAGAUUAGAGAGCGAAUUGAUGGAGACGCCAAUUAUCUCAAGGUGGGCGUCACCGGUCUCUAG